AAACCCCUACUUCAAUCCUCGUGUUGCAAACAAGUGAGUUAAUUAUUUCUCAAAAGUUUAUCUGAAGUAGUACAGUACCAAGUUGUUUGGUUGGAGAGAAAAAUGGCAUCUGAACAAGAAAGGAAAGAACUUGACGAGAAGGCAAGGCAUGGAGAGACAGUUGUACCUGGCGGGACCCAGGGGAAGAGCUUGGAGGCUCAGGAACGCCUUGCUGAAGGACGGCAUAAAGGAGGACAGACAAGGAAGGAACAGUUGGGACAUGAGGGCUACCAUGAGAUGGGCAAGAAAGGUGGGCUUAGCACCAUGGACAAGUCUGGAGGAGAGCGUGCUGCUGAAGAACGGAUUGAGAUUGAUGAAUCCAAGUUCAGAACUAAGAAUAAAUGAUAUAUAGUUCUCACUGGCUAACUAGCUACCUAGGCAUUUUGUGUGAGUCUUUGGUAGGUAUAGUUAUAGCUAUAUCGAUGUGGUUGCAAUGAUAUAUUACGUCGAAGAACCUUAAAAGUAGGAAAUAAUGGUUUUUUUUUUUUUUUUUUUUGGGUGUUGUUCUUGUUGUGUAGUUGUGUUGUAGAAGUGACUUAUCUUUGAAUUAUGGUCAUGUGCUGCUUUUUUCUUUUUUUUCUUUUUUUCUUUUUUUUUUUUUCCUGAAAGGUGCCCUUUUGGCAUGUUAAAUAAAAUACCCUAAAAAGCUUUCUCCUUUC